UUGACUGCCGGUUUGGCUGCUGUGUUAGCUCGUGGAGGAGCUGGUAAAAGCGGCAGCGCGGGGAAGAGGCAUAGCUCCGAGAAGGCGAUUAAGGCUGGACGGGGAAAACUACAUCUCGGUCCUGGGGUGUGUCUCUGUGCGCGCCCGCUGCCUUUUACAGCAUCUCCUCUUCACUCUCCGGUUAUCUUUAGCCACUAGACGAACAUUUGGCUCUCCUCGGUGCCACGUCGAGGACGUUCAACUGGCACAAUGGAAAAAGCUGGAAUUUGUGGGCGAGGGGUGAAAGUGGAUAUGUUGUAUAACUCUCAAUCAAAUGAUAUUCUUCAACAUCAGGACUCAAAUUGUGGCACAAGUAACAAGCAUUCAUUGGAAGAGGAUGAAGGCAGUGAUUUUGUAACAAAGAACAGGAAUUUGGUGAGCCCAUUGUACUGCACACUAAAGUCAAGAGAGGAACCUCCUGAGCAGAAAGCUCAAACAGACCCCACUAAUGGUCAGCAAGAUUUAGAUCACAAGAAAAACAAGGAAAAAACCUUAGGAAAAGAAGUCUUAUUAUUGAUGGAAGCCCUAAACAGUCUUUCAACUCCAGAGGAGAAACUGGCAGCUCUCUGUAAGAAAUAUGCCGAUCUUCUGGAGGAGAGCAGAAAUGUUCAGAAACAAAUCAAGACUCUGCAGAAGAAGCAAGCCCAGAUUGUGAAAGAAAAAGUUCACUUGCAGAGUGAACAAAGCAAGGCUUUCUUGGCAAGAAGCAAACUAGAGUCACUUUGCAGGGAACUUCAGCGUCACAAUAAGACUUUAAAGGAAGAACAUAUGCAGCAAGCAAAGGAGGAGGAAGAAAGUCGUAAAGAAGCAACUGUACAUUUCCAAAUUACUUUAAAUGAAAUUCAGGCUCAGAUGGAACAACAUGACAUACACAAUGCCAAACUCCAACAAGAGAACAUCGAACUAGGAGAAAAGCUAAAGAAGCUCCUUGAAGAGUAUACUCUGAGGGAAGAGCAUAUUGAGAAAGUGUUCAAACAUAAGGAACUGCAGCAACAGUUUGUGGAUGCCAGACUUCAGCAAACAGCACAGCUGAUAAAAGAAGCUGAUAAAAAACAUGAGAGAGAGAGAGAGUUUUUAUUAAAAGAAGCAACAGAAUCAAGGCACAAAUAUGAAGAAAUGAAACAAGAAGAAGUACAACUGAAACAGCAGCUUUCUCUUUAUAUGGAUAAGUUUGAAGAAUUCCAGACUACCAUGGCAAAAAGCAAUGAACUGUUCACAACUUUCAAGCAGGAAAUGGAAAAGAAAACUGUUGGUGAUAAAAAGCACAGGGCCUUUCAAAUAAAACUGGAACGGUUAGAGAAGCUGUAUGGGGCUCUUCAGACAGAAAGGAAUGAGCUCAAGGAGAAGGUGGAAGUCCUAAAAGAGCAGGUCUAUGCCAAAGUGACUGAUAGGAAUUUAGCAACACCUGGGGUGAGUCCCUGCACUGCACUGCAUUCUCACAAGGACCAGAACACUUCCUCAAAAAGAGCCUUGGGAGUAUGCCUGGAGGUUAGGCCCAAGGGAGUGAAUGAAACAAAAUGCCACUCAAAAGACUCUGUCCACAGGAUCUCUUCCAGGCAUUGAUCCAGUUGAUUAAGAAAGUGUGAUCACUCUUUUGAGGUAUAUUUUUGUGUACACCUUUCUCUGUCAGUAGUAACUAUUGGUUUUAUGGUUCAAAUCUCAGUACUUUUUGUACCAUGUUUGUAUUUUCUUAGAACUACUGGACUAUAUGUUAUAGAAGGCUAUUUAGAAGUUUUGGGUAGUUGUAAUCUAUAAAUUUCCAUAGUUGUGUUGCACAUCAUUCAGAUUUUUUAUCUUCAUUGGAAUAUAUGUAUUCACUGCCUUGUCCUUUAAACACUGUGUACAUUUGUGUGUUCAUUUCCUUAUCCCUGUGCCUUGCAUAAUUAUCUUAACUAAAUUGAGUCAUGUUUUGAUAAUGGUUUCCUGAGUUGAAAACAAAUACUAAUUUAAACUUUCUAGCCCAUGAUUUUAAAAAGAGAAAUGCAAAGAUGAUUAGUUUUGUUAAGUGCCAACUAAACAUCAAGUGUGGAAUUAGAAACAAGUAUAGUGUAUUUGAGUCAGUUUGGUUUUUUUUGGUAAUAAUUAUAUUACUUGACAAUUGAUGUGACUACAAGCCUUGAAUCCCUCAGAGUUGGCAGAAUAUGUAUAUGAAGAUGUCAUUUGUAAAGAAAGUAGCAUAUACAGGAAAGUCAUUAAGCAAAAAGGCUUGAUGUUUAUGUGAGUUAAAAUAGUCCUGCUUUAGUUUCAGGUUAGAAAAGAUGUUUAAAGAAAAAAUAUCAGUAUCUAGACCUCUGCAGUUGGAAUCGGCAAUUCUGAACUAUUGAAUUUGUUCCUUAAUUUUUGUGUUAUUGCACUAUAUAAUGUAGCUGAACAGUUUCACUUACAUGUCCCUGUCACAUUCAUGGUCUUAAAUGGGAAGAAAAUAGAAAAAUUUCCAGUGGAUAGGAAAAAGUCUGGAAUGUGAGAUGUCUUGUAAUCUUCUACUACUGACUGUGAUAAUUAAGGGGCCAGACAGUGGGGGAAUAGCAAUUUACGUGGAAUUUGACAGAUUUAUUUAAUUACUUUGCUAAAAUGAGCAAAACAAAAAGAGAUCCCCAACCACAUUUAUUAAUAUUCUUUUCAGCUACUAAAUGAAAUACUGAACCCAUUUCUUUCAGGAGAAAUGAAGAUACUUUACCCUAAAGGUAAUAAGAACAAUCAUAUUUUACCAAAAUCCUACUGUUAAGUUCUUAGUGUUUUGUUAAGACAGUUGUGUAAGCCACCGUAUUUCCUCAUGGUAUUUGUUUUGUGUGGAAGACAAGUGUUGGGCUGAAAGCAAUGCGAUUGACAGUACUAGGUCUCUUGUUUUUGGCACACAAUGUAUGUUAGAUACUCUGUAAAAUAAUAGAAAAUUUUGGAGCUGGAUUCUGUUUGGAAAGUAUUUGCUUUUCCUUUCAGAGUUCUUCUGGUUACAAAGUGGAAAAAACAACAACAAAAAGCAAAUAGGACCCUUUGAAAAGAGUUCUCUUCUAAACAGGUCCGGAGUAUGCUCAGUAUCAACUAACUAUAUUCUAGAACAGGGGUUGGUAAACUGUCUCUCUGUUGUCUAGGGCUGCUUUCCCUCUACAACUGCAGAGUUGAACAAAUACAUAAUAUGUAGAGAAUGGCCCUGUUCAUCCCUGUCUAAGAACAGGGCUGUAGCUAGCCCAGGAAAAGUUUAACUGUUGGGAUCACUUACAUUGUGUUUGUUGCACCAUUUUGUGGACUCUUCUGAAGUUUUAAUAUGUUUAAUGGCAGUGGAUUCCAAGAUAAAGAAAAAACUUUGGUUAAAAUGGCAGAGCAUUUCACUUUAGAGGCCAAUAUUUUUUGGUUGUGUAUGUAACUGUUUUAUUAUACCUGAUUAUCAUAGUUGAAUUCUCAGGUGUUGCAGAAAUAUCUACCUCUUUCAAACUGUAAAUGAAAAUAACUGAAAAAAGAAUGCAGUGCUAGUAAAAACACUGCUUUAUUUUUGGCUCACAUCUUUCAUGAGGAUACAAAUUGAUAAGAGGCAGUUCUAUUUUGCUUUUCAAAGACAUUUUGUAUAGAUUUUUCACUAAUGUGAAUCUGAUUUUAGUCAAAUCUGUUAAGGUUAAGUAAAGAUGUAAUGAUUAGUA